AUCCUCCUAAAUAAUAAGGACCAGGUUGGGGGAUGGCAUUUUUUGUCCAAUUUUUCCAAUAAUGUCCCCGGAGGUUCUAGGCUGGAGGGUUUUGGAUGUCUAAAAUUGUAAUUUCGCGCGGGCCUGGGGGCGGUGGGUUGUCUGGCGUGAUCUGGUGCUCCGCGGGAUGCGUGCAGUAUCUGGGCCGUUCGUUCUCCUGUCUUCCCUGUCUGCUCUCCCCAUUCCUUCACGUUUCGGUUCUUUUCUUGGAGUAAGCUCCGUUGAUUUCUGGUCUUCUCCUCUGCGUUUCUAGAGCUUUCGGCUGGGUGAUUUUUCAGGAUGGUGGUUAAUGUUCCGUUUCUGCGUUGGGAUAAGGUUCCCAGCCCUUCACCCUUAUCUUCGACAGUGGCUUCGUAUUAUCUAGAAACUGCUGAAGGGCAGCAGGUGAUUGUUGCUUUUGCGGUGCGUCGUGCUGAUAAUCGUAUGGUUUACCGGCCAUUUCAUGAGUUUAUUGAAAGCUACCACGGUGUUUUCAAUUUGGGCAAUGUUGGUGAGUGGGAUUAUGGCUUCCAGUUGAAUGCGUGGUUGGAUGAUCUUGUGUACCAUUCGUUUGUGAGGUACAGCGAGGAAGUCAUUGAUCAAUGCUGGUAUCUGAAGAAACUUUGCAUGCCUGAUAUCACUGAGCGGUUGCCCCGUGGUCUUUGUCAGUACUUCCCCGCUGAUGGUUCAAGUACCUGGGUUCUCCUGCGCCAUGGCAAAAAAGCUUGGUCGGUGGAAAUUGUCGACCAUGAGUUUCGCAAAAAUUGGAAUGAGUUCCGUUAGGCACAUCAGUUGGAAGUUGACCAUAGGAUUGUUUUUUCGUGUGAGCGUAAGUGGAUCUUCCAUACGGCUAUGUUUAAUAAAGAUGGCUAUGAACUUCUGUUUGAUUGGUCUAGCCCAGCUGGCCGUUGGCAGGAUUUGACCCCGCCUUCAGGUGAUCUGCGCACUGCUUGCUUGCCUUCAAUCCUUGUCGGUUCUCAUGCAGUGGUUAAGUUCAUUUACUUCAAUGUAUAUGGGCCUGACCUGCGCAGUGAGUUCAACUUUCGCCUUAGCCAUGUUUUCAGGAUGCUUGCGCUGGAGCAAAUGGAGAUCAAAAUGGGUAGCCGAACUUGGAUUGUCCCAAUUCAAAAUUUCCAGGUGAAUGUUGAGGCAUUCAAUCGAUUUGCUGCUGCGCUUUUUGUUCAGUGUCUCAAUCAUGUCAUGGUUGUCAUGCUGCCUACUGUCGAGUUCCGGGUAAUUGUCUUCAAUGGCCGCUAUGACAGUGAAAGAGUUUAUGGCUGGUUUUAGCUGGGCUGUUCUUUGCUUCAUUUGCUGGCUUUUGCUUUCUCGGAGUUGCUGCAUGUAUGUUAUGUAUGGACUAUUUUGCGCCUUUUUUGGGGUUUGGAUCCUGUGUACAACUGGUUUCGGCUUGUUCUGGGCAGCUUCGGAUGGGUUUGGUGUGAAUUUGUGCUUCGUUCUAGCUUAUGUAUAUAUGUGUGCAUGUACUGGUUGUUGUCAUGCUUUGUGAUGGGUGUACGCUUUGUAUAUUCAGCCUCUG